AUGCCGGACGGGAUCCCCGAGGAGCUCGCGCUGCAGAUCAGCGAGGCGGUGCAGCAUGCCACCGCGCAGGUCUUCGGCGAGUUGGCCGCGGCCUGGGAGCGGCGGCAGCAGGAGCUGAACGACCGCAUUGUGCAGGAGAUUCAGAAUCUCAGGAAGGGCGGCCUACAGCCGCUGGCUAGGAGCGACAAGCCCAAGUCUAGCAGCGGCUCGCUGGUCGGCAAGUGGUCUGGCAUGGAUGUGGACAAGCUCCUCCAGGAGUCGGAGGACAAGGACAGCUGA